AUGAAGACCCCUUUCAUUCUGUUCGCCUCGCUCUGCGCGGUCACCUCUGCCCUACCUCACGAUCAGUCGGAAACCCCGCAGGACUCGGGACUCGACAAGGCUACCGUCCUCCUCAACGAUGGCAGCACCGUGACCGUCGACAAGAGAGAUCUCUCCUCGCACCUGGGCAGCGUCGCACUCGCUCCCCCAACCAACGACCUUCCCAAACGUCUCUCUAGCAGCCACAUCACCCAUCUGACCAAGCGCGGCUCCGACGCCCAACUCAUCAUCCCCCUUCCGGACCAAGAAUUCCUCGGCUGGGACAUCGCCAUGUCCACCGUCACCCACGCCAACGAAGCGGACGCCACAGUCGCCAUGGCCUCGGGCCAAAUGAUCGCCAACAGCAUCACAGUGGGCAACUCGUUUGGCGCAAGCGUGGAGAGCUUCCUCACCGUCACCACGAGCAUCGACUACGGCCACACGGAGACCAGCACGCUGACCGGCACCGUGACCAUGACGAUUCCCAAGAACAGAUGGGGCGCAAUCGUCAGCAACCCCUUAACGCAGCGCAAGCGUGGAUACGUCUUCAGCGGACAGCCCGGCAGUGGCCAGUUCGAGUACUACCAGGCGGAUUCGUUCAACUCGGAGACUUAUACCUAUGGCGAGAGUUCGUUGUCGUGGGUGAAGGGUGUCAUGACCACUUGUCUUGGGGAUGGAUACCCGCUCAAGCGGUGCAAUGGUGAUGGAGAGCUGAAAUAG